UAUCUGUAGCUCCAGAUAUCCCUGUUUUAAUGAGCAAAGGUCGGGCUGUACAGUACCUACGAAAUUUUAUUAAAAGUUGGGUUUGUGUUUUGGGCUUAAACCUUUUUAAUUUGGGUUAAGUGGUGGAUUAAACUCAUAAUCAGAAGGUACUUAGGCUGAAUGGAGCAUUAUGGGCCAAGGAAGGCUGAUCCAAGGAAAGAAGCAAGGGUUUUGAAAACCCUGAGGCUUGGUGAGCCGCCGGCUGCCCAUGGAAAAGGAAGGGGGCUGCAGCUGGUUUUUCCUCUGAAUUAUGAGCUUUAAUGAGUCAUUAAUACUCUUUUCUUGGGCUGUAUCAGAUCUGAAACCAGAACCCUAGCCCACACAAGCCCUGGCCGCCACCUAUAGGCAAGGAUUAGAGUGAAAUCCUUAUUUUCUUACAUGCAAAACAGCACCAGAAAAUAUUUCACGUAAACACCAACCAAACAAGCAAACCAGCACCCUUCCCCUUGCUCCUAAGAGGCCUCCACUCGUCACCCUUGCACCACCAGCAACCAUCGCCCACCAAGAAGGAGGAGGAGACACGAGAAAGAGAGAAAAACCGCAAGGAAGGAGAGGAAACGCGAGAAGGAGAGGAAGCACGUGGAGGAAGGAGAAUUUUGGACAGCAGAGGAAGCUCUUUCUAUUCUUCACUUCUCUCCAUCAAAAUCCUACUUCUUUUCAUCUAAAUUCAUUCAAAACCCGAGGAAAGCUGAUGAUGCUUGUCACGUUGCUGAUUUGUUCUUUAAAGAAGUUGUAAGACUUCAUGGGAUGCCUAGAAGCAUAGUUAGUGAUAGGGACACCAAGUUCCUAAGUCACUUCUGGAGGACUUUAUGGGGGAAGUUAGGCACUAAACUUUUGUUCUCUACCACUUGCCACCCACAAACUGAUGGGCAAACAGAGGUGGUGUUCCAUUCCGGAGAUUGGGUUUGGGUGCACAUGAGGAAGGAAAGGUUUCCAGAACAAAGGAAAUCCAAACUCCAACCUAGAGGGGAUGGACCUUUUCAAGUACUUGAGAGAGUCAAUAACAAUGCCUAUAAAAUAGAGCUUCCAGGUGAGUAUAACAUCAGCUCAACCUUUAAUGUCUCUGAUUUAUCUCUCUUCGAUGCAGAUGGAGGAGAAUUUGAUUUGAGGUCAAAUCCUUUUCAAGAGGGAGGGAAUGAUGAGGACAAGGACAAGGACAAGGGUCAUGGAGCGCUAAAAGGACUUGGAGGACCAAUGACUAGGGCAAGGGCUAAAAGGGCCAAGGAAGCACUUCAACAGAUGAUAGCAUUAGCUCUUGAGGAAGGAACCCAUGUGCGAGAACUUGAGCCCAAAUUGGUGAAUUUCCUCAUGAACUAUGAAGAGGAAGUCGUCCAAGAUCAGCCCAAUUAAUUGGAGCUGAGUUCGAAUUUUAUUUCUAGUUUUUUUUUCAAUCCAAUAAGUCCCUAAUACACCAAGGAUGCAUUAGCAAUUAAUGGACCUGAAGUGGAGGCAUGUGGGGCGUGAAUAAGAAGGCUUUAAGGGAGGAAUAUUCCAAGUUUGCAUCAGCUCUUGAUGGCUGAAGUAAAACUCCAAGAAUCUCUUUCAAUUGAAGUUAAUUUCCUGUUUUUGUUUAAUGUAAUGAGAGAAAGUUUAGGGGCUGUUACAAGCUGAGCUUGACCAGCUCAUUAGGAGUUUUUAUUUGAAUUUUCAGUUCAGAAUUGGAUGUUAAAACUCCAUAAUUAGUCAUUAAUUGGAGUUAAGACCAUGACUCACCUUUGUAAUUCAAAACAAAGCCAAACUCUUUUAAAAGGGAGGGACGGCCAAGCAUGGAGAACAGGAAUGAAUAAGAUUAUUUUUUUCUGAGUUAGUUCAGUUUGUUGAGAGUGAUUCUCAUAUCCCUUGAGUGAUUCAAGACCUUGACUUAUCAAAGGUUUGCCACCCCCUUUGUGUGACGUCUGCACUUCCAUAUCCAUAAAGUUCCAUUCCAAUUCUGUCCAUCUUUUCCUUGCACGAAAUUCUUCUUUGUUUUUCCCUUCCAACUCUGGUUUCUCAAGUCCUAAAAUCAUCCUAGACGAUCCAUCAAGCCCUUGCAUCAACUUGGGGCAUAUCAUUUGGUAAUCAGAGCUCCGGUUCUAGGAUUUUGGUUUCUUUUCUUAUCUGGAAUUUUGGUUAGCAACUCAUUGUGAUUUCUUGUUUCCUUGAUUUUAGUUUUUGUUUCUUUUGGCUGAACCAUUGCAAAAGUUAAGCCUUGUUAAUUGUUCAGAAUCAAAAACAAAUUACAAAACGAAAAUUCAAA